AAGAACAUGAAAAGCAGAGACCGGCUGCAUCUCUGUCCCUCUCGCGCACCCCACUCCAUUUCACAGGCUCAGCACUGUCGCGCUGCGCCCACCCUGCACGCCAGCAUCGCAAGGCACUGGAGGAGAGGAGCAGGAGGACGACGGAGAAGCCGGGCCAUGGCGAGAGUGGAAGCCGUGGUCGUCUGCCUCCUGGUCCUCGCCAUGGACGCCGCCGCCGGCGUGCUCGGGAUCCACGCGGAGAAGGCUCAGAGCCAGGGGCGGCACCUGCGGAUCCUGUUCAUCGAGUGCCGGCAGCCGGUGCGGCGGGCCUACGAGCUCGGCAUCGCGGCGGCCGCGGUGCUGGCGGCGUCGCACGCCAUCGCCAACGCCGCCGGCGGCUGCGCGUGCUCCUGCUCCGGCGACAAGCUCCGCCGGGCGUCGCCCAACCGCCAUAUGGCGUCCUUCGCCCUCGUCCUCACAUGGAUGGUGCUCGUCGUCGGUGUCGCGCUGCUGGUCCUUGGCGCGCUGCCCAACAGGAAGCACAAGCUCGCGGACUGCGGGGUGGCGCGCCAGCGGUUCCUCUCCAUCGGCGGCGUUCUCUGCUUCGCGCACGCGCUCUUCUGCGUCGUCUACUACGCGUCCGCCAGCGCCGCGGCGCGGGAGGAACGCCGCGCGGCGCCGCACGUGUAGCUCCGGCCGGCCCUGGUCCGUGGCCGCGUGCGUCGUGCUAAUAUCUUCUUCCCCGUCGACGGCAUGCGACGGGCCGGGUUGUAAAUUGUAAUUUUGCUUGGUCAUGCAUGGUAGCUCGGCUUGCUUGGCGUCUUGGAGGGUGCAGCAUGUUAUGAACAUCUCGCCAUCGUGUGUCCUCGGGUUGGCAAGCUCGACAUGUCAAUGAAUCGUUGCAGGAACUUUUUGUCGUAGCAAACUAGCAAUCCCAUCGACCAAGGAUGAUUAAGAGAUGAGCUUGUAUUGUGAAGGGGGUAUUAGGGUUAAUGAUUCAUUAGAACAAGUAUUAUGAGCAAGUAUUACGAGGGUGGAAAGCUGGCGAAA